AUGCCAUGUGCUCAUGCAACUCGUGCUACUUGCUUCAAAGGGAAGUCUUUGUAUGACCUUUGCUCCCCUUAUUACACAUCUGGAUACUGGAGGGGUGCCUAUAGCGAAGCAAUAUACCCUGUUGGCCGUGAAGCGGACUGGGUUGUUCCCAGUUUAAUUACAUCCACUCCUAUUUUGCCACCACUCGUACGUCGCCCUCCAGGUAGACCACCGACCCGACGUAAGCGUUCAAGACACGAAUCUGCAUGGUCGAGCAGGAAAUGCACUCGUUGUGGUCGUCUUGGUCAUAAUCGGAGCACAUGUUCGAACCCCAAUGUAUCACAAGUUCCCUAA